GUAAAUGCAUAUCGACAAUUAGAAUGUAAGUAGUUUGGUAGUUCCCCAUUACAAAGUGAAACCAAUCAAUUUAUAAUAGUUACAAAUUCAAUGGUGAAACGACAAGCGACACGCAAAACAUGUUUAGGGUCACUGAUUGUGUGUAAUCAUACGGUUGUAUCACGUGACAUUUAAACAAAACAACGGUGGAAAGUGAAAACAUGAAAUAUGAGAAUUGCGGCAUCUGCACAUUGUUCGUUUAAAAAAGUGGAAAUUAUAAACUCCAUACCUACACCAAAACGACCACGGAGCAACUGCUGUUAAAAAUCGUUGAAGCGCAGAGGCACAAGGAAAUUAAGCGGUUAAUGGAUUGUUGUCAUCAUAAAGUGAUUGAAAUAAAAAUUGAAUUACAAUAUGAAUGAGUCAUCUACAAAGAUAUGUAAUGUUCAAUAUUUGCAAUUUCAAUUUACCCAAAACAGGUAUUCCCUAAUUAUUAAUAGUUAACCUCAAAAUGUUAAGAAUGGCAUCAAAAGCAUUAGUGAACUACUUGUGGUUGACCAUUUUAAUCAAAUUUGUAAAUACGAUAGAAUUGCAACAUUACAUAUCGCACAAACCCGAAAUAAAAAUAAACAAAUGUUGCGAGCCGUUUGAAAUCCUACUUGACGACCGUUGCACUCACAUCAACAAGACCAACGAAACGAUAUGGCAUCCGAUGUUUACCAGUGAGAAUGGCAAAAAGCAGAAUGUGCAGGUGGAUUACAUAAUCGUUACAGGAAAUCCAGAUUGUGGAUCAAUGCAAAUAUGGCACAUUUAUUACUAUCAGGAAUCGACAGACGUUUUGCAAUUGUUACCGAAUGGUGCGUUGAGGCACUACCCGCAUUAUGUGUCGCCCGAGGAAGAUCUUAAUAGGGAAAUUAUGUAUCACGACUAUCCACCUGGGAAAUAUUGCAUGGAAAAGCAUGUUAAAGGCUCAUUGGUAAGUGAAUACGCUUCAGUUUGCGCACCAGAGCAUCGCACAGACUGGACAAGUUCGCCGUUUUUAAUGCGCAACAUAAUAAGCCCAAUUACGCAUGGCAUCAGCAUGGCUUGUUUUUUGACCAUCGCUAUAAUUUACUUUAUAAUGCCUACGCUACGCGAUUUGGUGGGCAACAUAAUUACCACGAUUUGCGUGUGCUUAAUCGUGAGUCAGGCGGCCGACACGAUUCGAUUACUAACAGUAUUCACUAACCACGUCAGUAUAAUCGCAGCAGAAACGCUUUGCUACAUAGCCUUGUUAGGUAGCUUCUUUUGGCUUAAUAGCCUCGGAUAUUAUGUAUGGAAGACAUUUAAAUCGCGUAAUGUGUUUUUACGCAUUACUGAUGGCAAAAAAUAUUGUUACUAUUCUGCUUAUGCUUGGAGUUGCACAAUUGUAAUGGGGGCGCUGGCUUUAUUUGCCCAUUACACUAUGGACUACCAAGAGAAGAGCAAAUCGAAAUUCGAAUACGAACAAGAAACUAUUGGGUCACUAGGUAUUAUAAUAUUCUUUGUGCCAGUCUCUUUUACAGUAUUAGUAAAUGUAUUCUUUUUUGUAACGACACUCAAAAUAUUAAAUCGAAUGAAUACGUACGGACGAAUACAUCACAAGUUAAAGCAUAGUUUUCGCAUGUUUUUAUUAUUAUUUUUGGUAAUGACAUUGACAUGGUUGUUUUUCUUAUUAUCGUUUACUCGAUUUGAAGGCCUUGUAUACUGUUACAUCGUAAUUAAUGCAUUACAAGCACCUUUAUUUCUGUACAUAUGUGUGGUAAAUCAAGCCCAUGUCGCAUUCUUAGUACAAAAAACUUGUUGUUACACCAACUGCGCAUGCGCAUGCUGUAAGCCUAAUCCCGAAUGUGAAUGGGGCGACGAGAUGACUGCUAUGAAUACGGGAGCAUAUUAAUUUUAGGUGUUUUAUUUGUGAGGGUGACAUUUUUUUUAAUUUAUAAUUUUAUUUAAGACUAAUUCUUGUUUGAGAAAUGCCUGAUCUGAUUUUUAAUCUCGUAAAAUCUUAUACAAAUAGCUGUAAGUUUAAAAUCUAAUAUAUUUUUUUUAUUUUCUUAUGUACUUGAAAUAAAUAAAGUAAAUGAAAAUCG